CACCCCCCCCCUCCCCCCCAUCUUGGCUCUGCAAGUGGCCCCGGACCAUGACAAUAUUGGUGCUGCAAUUCCCGAAGACGUGAGGCACCGGUUUUAAGUACCCAUUUUAUCAAAGCAUAGCUAAUCCGGUCUGGGGGUGACUGGUCCGGGGGGCAAAAAGAAUAUGGCCGCUGAAGAGGAUCUGGCCGAUGGGCGCAUGGCCGAUAUUGUUCGUGCGCUUGAGCUGAUUCACAACCCUUCUUCAACAAAUGAACUCCGCAGAGAGGCGCUACAGUUUGUGGAAUCACAGAAGGAAAGUAGUUCUGCCGCUCGUAAUGGAUUUCUUCUAGCAUCUCGCAAGGAGAAUGAUGCUUUGGUGCGCUAUUUCGGGUUGACGCUGCUGGACCAUGUCCUUCGCCACACUUCUUUCACGGCCGCGGAGGGGAUCGCAACCUUACGAGAGAUGGUUCUGAAGCUCGCGGAAUCUAUUCAACCUGAGGAUCCGGUGUACAUACGCAACAAGAUUCCGCAGCUGUGGGCGGAAAUUGCGAAGAGGAGCUGGGGCUUGGACUGGCUCGAUAUGGACCAGACUUUGGUGCAGUUCUGGGGUGCUAGCCUCGUGCAUAAGGAGCUGGUGUUAUCCAUCCUGGAAACCCUGUCAGAAGACAUCUUUUACCGAGAAGAUACUGUUUCGUCCUUGCGGGGGACAGAUCUGAAUCGAGCCUUGGUUGAGAUUUGUACCCCGCUAUCUGUGUUCGAAGAAGUGUAUCCUAAACGAGACAACCACGUUGAUAUUCGCUGUGGCCCCGAAGGUUGGCUUGCCCGCACGUGCGAAUUCCUUCGGGACUGUAUUGGAAACAUACAGAAUUCGAAACAAGCAAGAGAUUCUGCCCUCAAAGCCCUCGCGACAUUGAAAUCAGUGCUGGUUUGGUCGAUACCCAGCGCCAUACUUACCUCCAAUUGUGUUCCUAGCAUUGCCCGGGCUUUCACCUGUGAUGAUGAGCAGGUUUUAUUGGCCGCCGUUGAAGCAUUACACGCGUUGUAUAGCAGGUCUAGUUUUGACAUUGAGGGGUUUCAGCCGCUUGUGUACUUGAUGUUCGAAACCGACUCCCUAAGCGUGUUACAAAAGCUCCACGAAUGGUCAGUCGUCGGCCCUGACGAGACCGACGACACCAAAUACAUGAUAUCCAAAAAACUCUCUGAGAUGAUAUCCUAUGUUGCGGGCUUCCUCGAGGAGAAGGGCUUUGCUGUUGAAGAUGCACCUAACGCGAACUUACCUUUCUUUUUCCAUCUCAUGAUCAGCAUUGUCCAGCAUCGCAGUCUUACCGUUUCAAUACCCGUUCUUCAUGUUUGGUCAAAGCUAAUAGCCUCCUCGAGAAUUGGAAACUUGGAUGUGGUUACAAAUCUUAUUCCCGCAUUGCUCGCUAUUUGUACUGAGCGCCUAGUCCACUGGGAAUCUCUCCCGACAGGCUCGGAGGACCCCACUGUAAUGUUCCUCAAUGAAGAUAUCGACACCGUUCCCGAAAGACAUGCUUUUGUGGGCAAUUAUAGACGCUACUGUUCGUCCAUAAUUGAAACCAUUGCUCAAAAAAGACCCCAAGAAGCUAUUCCUCAUAUCCUCUCUGGGGUUGACACCAAUUUGGACAACCUCUACAAUGGAGUUGAACAAUUUAGCGUGAAAUCGUUUUCCAAAAACUCAAUACCGUUGAUGCGAGCGGACACGCAAUUUGCUGUUGUGGAAGCAACGCUAAAGGGCUACAACAAAUGGGUUUCCGCGCAUGGUCGAAUGCCGCAGCAAGAUGAACAAAAGCGGGCUGAAAUCGAGACUAUCCUGGAAACCUGGGCAUUCACGCUGAUGCAGAGAGACUACGAGGACCCAAUAUUGAAGCAACGUAUUAUUAAAUUAAUUGUUGACAUAUCAUCUAAAGCUCUUGACAAAACACCUAGCUUUGCGCUUAAAGUUUUGGAAUACAUUCUCAUGACACGUUUACCCGACCAGCCUGAAUUUCCAGUUUAUUCCGAGGCAGUUAAGGAGCUUCAUGGGCUAGCUAGCCAUGAACUUCGGCGGCUCGCAACCCGCUAUGCGGAUUACUUCUCUACCUUUUAUGACAUCCUCGAACCCAAAAUCAGAGAGAUUACCUUGGCUAACUGGGUGGAUGACAAGCUUCAUAUGGAGCUAACAUCGGUCCUCCUCAUCAUCAUGCAACGUGCAAACAACGUCGACCCUUAUCAGCGCCAGUCUCGAUUGACCUCAUUCGUAGAACCAAUCAAACAAGCCUGGCAGGAAGAGGAGCUCCGAAACCUGUGCUCAUCUUUUGACGGGUUUUGCAACAUGCUUGGGCUGCAAAACGUGGGUCCCUAUAUGCAAUCACGACAAGCGCAGAAGCAGGCGGAUUGGUCUGUUGUAGUCUUGGACGGCGAGGGUAAAAGGGUUCAGGAGGAAAUGACCCGAAAAUUUCAGCAAUUACCACUAAGAGGAACCAAAACGAUGCUGGCGGUCUCAACGGAUAAACUCAAGAGGUCCGAUCCAGCAUAUGAAAUCGCGUGCAAUCUUUGGCACGAGGUUAUCCCCAUGAUUCUGCCGACCUUGCUACAACUCGUUAGCAAUGCUCACGCGUUUCAUAACCCGGAGAAUUGGAGCGGUCUGUCUGGGGAUAUGCGAGGUGUGGUUGAGCGUAUCCUCACAGAUCGGUUUUGGCAAGCCGGUAUAUCCACAGGCAGCCGGGACGAAUUCUAUGCCAAAAUCACUUCAUCACGAUCAUCACUCGAAGGGUUCGCAUCCUCAGUUAGAGGGAAGAUUAGAGCCGUCAGGGAGUCCUGUUAUUCCAUGCUUUUCAGCAUGAGUAGGUUAAGGGAGCAUUUCUAUGGCUUCUCUGAACUUCCCGGGCCUCUGUCAGAAGCUCUUUUUAAGGACUCCCCCCAUCUCUCUUCGCAUCAAUUUUCCGUCCUUCUUAACAUUUCGAGAUGCCUGAUUGAUGACUGCCCUGUCCGCUUUCGGAGUCAGUUCUUGCCACCAAUGCUGUCAACUUUGUUCACAAACAUCGACAGGAAAGUUACUUCGGAAUGGGAUAUUAUCGAACAGCGGAAGGAAGGUCUUGGAGAUGGCAACCUGACGGACGAGAUGAAGUCAGAGAGUAUCCUUCGACAGCUAACCUACUCUGCGGUCAUCAUGGUAGCAAGCCUUCUUGACCCGCAACGAGGAGACCCUGACGAAGAACCGGUAGACCCAAGUGCACCGCAACCUCCACCAGCCCUCUCCGACUCGAUCCGGCAUUUUGUUCUUUCGUCUCCCGAGAUCUUCGAGCCGGUUAUGCUCUUCUGCACACACGCCCUACGCAUGCGCGAUACCCGAUGCUGUAGUAUCAUUACCCGCGUCAUCCGAUCCAUUCUCCAAGACUUCGCCUCUCCCCUCAACUCACCCACAAUAGUCACCAUCCGCGAGUUCAUCUCCUCUGAAGUUCUCAAAGCCUGCAUAACAUCCGUGCACGAACCGUACUUUGUCGAUAUGCAGAAAGACCUUGCGCAACUCAUCGCCUCCAUCUGGGUUCUCUACGGCUCGAGCAGCUCGACUCCGCGCUCCCUGAUUCUCAGCCUCCCCGGCAUGAACGAACAGCGAGUCGCUAGCACGGAAGCGUCUCUCGUUCGCUCCACCUCUGCGCGCCAGCAGCGUGCCCUGAUCCUCGACUUACUAGAGGGACUACGCGGCGUUAGCAUUGCCGAACAAGGCAAGAUUCUCGGAUCCCGGGAAGAACGCCGGAAGGCCCGCAGUGCCCUCCAGGAACGAUAUAUGAGCAAUGAGAUGGAGGGCCCGCAAACUCUUAAAGUGGAUAUCAAUGACGGCCCGGAUCUAGCUGGUGUUGCAGAUAUGUUUGGUUAGAUAGAAGAGAUGGGCGCUGUGCAGGGAGGCUUGUAGUCCUCUUUUAUCAUUUUU